GGUUUGCUUCGGAUUUUAUCGCUUUUGAGCUUUGGGUUGCUUUUCGUUUACCUCUCAUCGAAGGCUUCGUUUCGCUCCUCGGAUUCCGUCUUCUCUCGUCGGUUCCAAUGGCUUCCGUUCAUGGGGUUUUCACAGCCUGUGUUCUGGUAUCACUUCUCUUGCUUCCACUUGCCAUCCCUUCAUCGGCCGACGGGUUGGUGAAGAUUGGGUUGAAGAAGAAGCCCAUUGAUGACAGCAGCCGGCUUGCAGCUCGUCUCACUCUGCAGGAAGGGAAGCGUCUUAAUGGUCACAGAUAUGGACUACGGAAUGGCCUGCGGGAUGGGAAUACGGACACUGAUAUCAUCUCCCUAAAGAACUACAUGAACGCCCAGUACUUUGGGGAGAUUGGCGUUGGUACACCCCCACAGACUUUUACAGUGAUUUUUGAUACCGGUAGCUCCAACCUCUGGGUCCCUUCUGCAAAAUGCUAUUUUUCGGUUGCUUGCUUGUUUCAUUCCAAGUACAGAUCUAGUCGAUCGAGCACUUAUAAGGAGGAUGGGAAAUCUGCAGAGAUACACUAUGGUACGGGUGCAAUUUCUGGUUUCUUUAGCCAAGAUCAUGUUAAACUUGGUGAUCUUGUUGUCAAGGAUCAGCCAUUCAUUGAAGCGACUAGAGAGCCAAGCAUUACUUUCAUGAUGGCAAAAUUUGAUGGCAUACUUGGACUUGGAUUCAAAGAGAUUUCAGUUGGAGACGCAGAACCUGUAUGGUAUAACAUGGUCAAACAAGGUUUAAUCAAAGAACCUGUUUUCUCAUUCUGGUUUAACCGGCAUGCUGGGGAAGGGGAAGGUGGUGAAAUUGUAUUUGGAGGAGUUGAUCCAAAUCAUUAUAAGGGUGAACACACUUAUGUCCCAGUAACACAAAAAGGAUACUGGCAGUUUAACAUGGAAGAUGUUCUCAUUGGUGGUCAAACAACUGGAUUCUGCUCUGGAGGUUGUUCUGCAAUUGCAGAUUCUGGAACUUCUCUUAUUGCUGGUCCCACGACCGUCAUUACAGAAAUCAACCAGAAAAUUGGUGCAGCUGGGGUGGUUAGCCAAGAGUGCAAAGCAGUGGUUGCGCAGUAUGGGGAACAGAUUCUGAAUUUGCUCUUGGCAGAGGCACAACCUGCGAAAAUCUGCUCUCAGAUCGGACUUUGUGCCUUUGAUGGAACUCAAGGAGUCAGUAUUGGAAUUGAGAGCGUGGUGGAUGAUGAUGGGGGUAAGCUCUCAGCUGGUCAUAAUGAUGCUAUGUGUACUGCAUGUGAGAUGGCUGUUGUUUGGAUGCAAAAUCAGUUGAGGCAAAACCAGACACAGGAACAGAUUUUGAGCUAUGUCAAUGAGCUGUGUGAUCGUCUUCCUAGUCCCAUGGGAGAGUCAUCUGUUGACUGCAGCAGUGUGCCAUCGAUGCCCACUGUUUCUUUCACAAUUGGCGGCAAAACUUUUAACCUUGGUCCAGAGCAGUACAUUCUUAAGGUUGGAGAGGGUUCUAUGGCACAGUGCAUUAGUGGGUUCACAGCCUUGGAUGUACCUCCACCUCGUGGACCUCUCUGGAUUCUGGGUGAUAUCUUCAUGGGAGCCUACCACACUGUCUUUGAUUAUGGCAAUCUGCAAGUUGGAUUUGCUGAGGCAGCUUAGUAAGAAUAUAUAUAUAUAUAUAUUUUGAAUAACUACCUUCGCUAUGUGAAUAUCUAUGUGUUUUAGGUUGUGAACUUGUGUAACAUUACUCGUGGUGUGUACAUAGUUUAGUUUUCUGUUAAAACCUGCUAUAUUUUACACCUCUCUGUUGUCCAACUUUGAUAACGCAACUGGUAUUACUCCUGUUUUGUUAUUUCAAUGAUGUGCCCUAGUUCCUUA